GCAGAGGGAGGACUCGCUGCAGACUGAGCCAGGCGGUGCCCUCUGCAAGUUGCCCUGCAUGGGGGUGUGGGGGCCAUGUGGCUCAGCCGCCAGAGCCCCAUUCCUGAGGCUCACCCCACCUUUCCUUAUGGCAUUUUCAGAACAUUAGCUGAGACUUAAUUUUCCCACAAUAGCACUUUUUUGUGGAUUUAAAUUCAGAUGGCAUUCUUAGUAGGUUAUUGUCAAACCUACCUUAAAGUUUUUCCCAUAUUUUUGGUCAGAGUUUACCCACCCUGUUCCAGGCUGCUUAAUCUCAAAGGUGAACAUUGAGGUGAGGCAUCUUCCACAUCUACCCUGUCAUACUCAGUUGAGGGAACUGUUUGCCUUUAGGGUGUCUUAGGGUCACUGCUUGGUGGUGAAAGCAGAUAGGGUGCCAGGUGUGGUGGCUCACACCUGUGACCCAGCAGGCAGGAGUCAGGCAGGAGGACUUUAGUUCAAGGGCAGCCUUGGCUACAUAGCAAACUCAAGGCCAGCUUGAGCCACACACACAAAAAAGUGACUUCAAAACAAAGCCGAUGGGGACGGGGAUUUACCCCACCUGCCUCGCAAGUGCAAGGACCCGAGUUCAAUCCCCAGUACCAAAAAAAGAAGACAACUGGUGGGGAGAGGGGUAAGGAAGCAGGUGGUGUGGAGCACUUUAUCCUGGUGCUGCACUGUACACCAGGACAUGUAACAUUAACACAACUUUCCUGAUGAGCCAGGAUCUGCCCUCCUGCUCUCAUUCAGUUCUCUUGUCAAAUAAGAAUGUUCUAAGACCUGGCGUAGACCAGGUGUGGUGCAUGCCUGCAGUCCCAGCACUCAGGAGGCUGAGGCAGGAGGAUUGCUGCAAGUUCAGAGGCAACCUGGACUACAUAGUGAGUUCAGGGCAGCCCGAAGUGUAGACCCUGUCUUUUUUAAAAAAACAAACCUGGCUUUCGCCGCCUGCUGCGCAAGCGCAAGGACCUGAGUUCGAUCCCCGGUACCGAAAAAUACAAAACAAACAAAAAAACCUGGCAUAAUCUGUGCCAAGAUAGGAAUCCGUGUGAAGCCAUGGUUUCCCCUAAUUAGCCGAUGGACUGGUUUGACUUUAUAAAUUAGUUAUUUAAUAAAAUGAAAUGUUGAAAAAUAAAGCAUAUGGCAGGGGAUUUAGCUCAGUGGUUCCAGCACCUGCCUUGCAAGCACAAGGUCCCGAGUUUGAUCCCUGGUACCAAAGGAAAAAAAAAAAAAGAAAAAUAAAGCAUAUGAUUCAUUGAUUUACAGUUGUCUUUUAGUAAAACAAGCACAAUACAGUAUACUUUCUGCACUUUCUUUACAGCAGGGCAGAGAGCAGGGGUGGUGACCAGUGGCACGCUUGCCACCGCAGGCUGUUUCUGUCAUCACUAGUGCAAGAGAUAAGGGGUUGGCUCCAGGAAGUGGUAGGACGGACCUACAGUCUCACAGAUACUCUCUGGGACGCUAACAGACAGUCUGGAAACAGACUGUGGCUCUUCCUCAUAGGUUUGCCUGUGUCACUAACUGAGGGCCAGAACCAAGAUACUCUUCAGGUCUCCAGGGCAAAAGGCCAGGUGACCAAUCAACUCUUAGGCAGAGGUCAUUGUUGGAGGCCUGCAUGUUGCUAUGGCUACAGAAACCUUGGUGACUGAACCAAACCGGAGUGCCUGCCCAGGCUUCUCAGGCUUUAUCAAGCAAGGCUGUAGACAUGUCUCCAGAAAAGAUGACAAAAGUAGAAGAGACCUUGCAGAGGGCCUCGAGACUUAAGAAGAUGGUUGACAGGUGGCAGAAUUCACAUACUCACUGCAUGUGGCAGAUGACCCUGAGCCAGAGGAGAAACCCGUAUGCUGUCCUACGGCUGCAGGGCACCAUGGAGGAGGAGUUGGCGCUGGCUGACCGACACCUGCUGCUGGUCCGCCAGGCUGCCCUGCGCCAGCUGUUUGAGGAGGAGCAUCAGCAGUGCCAGCAGGAGCUACAUCGGAUGGGCAAAGCUUUCUACGUGGAGAGACUCUGACGGCCUCCCAAACACUGCUCCUGCGUCCUCAGCACCUGUCAGUCAAGCCUCACUGAGGCCUGCCGCCUUGAACUACCCUCCCC